UCGUCAUCGACGUUCAUUGGAAACGGCGACGGUGAACAGAACACGAAUUCUUCCUUGACCGAACUCCUGCUUGAUUCUAUCUCAACUGGGUCUGUAGCCCCUGACAUCAUGGCGCCAGGAAGACAUCGCUCCCGCUCGAGGGACGCAGAGCGCAGGCGCUCCCCCAGCCCACAGCGGGACUCGCGACGAGGUGACGACCGUAGACGCUCCAGGUCACCACGCAGGCGGCACAGGAGCGCUAGCUACGAGAGGGACCGGAGCAGAAGUCCUGAUCGGAAGAGACGGCGAAGGGACCAUUCGCGGUCACGAUCGAGGUCGAGGUCAAGGUCCAGAGAUCGGAGUAGGCGAGAUGUGAAGGGCAAGCGACGGCGGGACGAGUCGGCGUCUAGUAGCUCGUCAGAAGAGGAGGAGGACCGGAGGCAUAGGCGACACAGAAAGCAUAAGCGCAGCAAGAGCGAGGAGAGGGAGCGCAAGGAGCGGAAAGCGCGGAAGCGGGCUAAGAAGGAGAAGAAGAAGAGGAAAACGGGCGCAGCAGAAUGGGGGAAAUACGGGCUCAUAACGGAGACCGACAUAUUCUCCAAAGGCCAGGAGUUCCACACGUGGCUUCUCGAGGAGCGCAAGAUCAACCCGGAGAACCUCACGAAGGAGCAGAGCAAGAGAGAGUUUGCGCGCUUCAUCGAAGACUUCAAUACCGCCACCCUCCCACACGAAAAGUUCUACAACAUGGACGCGUACGAGAAGCGCAUGGACGCAAUGCGGUCCGGUCAGACGCUCACCCUUCCCGAUGACGGAUACGACCCCAACGCGGACAUGAGAGCCUUAGCGGGCGCGCGGAAGAAGAAGGCCUCGGAGGCUCCGAGCUAUCUCAGCCGCGAUCAACUGGAGGAGCUGAGGAAGGUGCAGAAUGAGAGGGUUCAGGCCGGAAAGAUGAAGUUGCUUGGCAUGGAUAUCAAGCCGAGCUUCGGAGUACGGAUGGAGGAAGCGGAGGACGAAGAGUAAGCGUAGGUGGCGAGAUGUCAAUGCGCUAGGCAAACAGCAUCUAGCCGUGCAUAACACCCUCGGUAUGCGCUUCGAGGAUCUAAGUGUCACAUUGAGGAUCCGAGUGCUGCACUUCGCCCCGAGGCGAUGCUGCAAGCCGAGCUCGACGGCGGACCGAGGCUCAACGGGUCAGAAGGACACUGACCACGGGCGUAUGCGACGGAGGGCGGAACACGGACGGAAGGACUUCGCUCUUCCGAGAUGGCUUUAACAAUUCCGAGAUGUAUAAACCUGCGAUACAAGCAUCCGACGUUGUGUUCCGCCUCGCGCGAGUUGCGAGGACAUCGUCA